AUGGCGACACGGCUAGCAACGCAACGCAAUUUUAUUACCGUAAUUCCCGCAACUACCGGUAGCCCAACGGCAGCUUCCGUUACAAUCGAGCAAUCCGACAAAGGUGUUACAGCAGUACCAAAAACCACCACUGAACCCGGUGAUAGCGACAACACCACCAACGGUAGUAGACAGGUGGAGGUGGCAACAAUGAGUGUUUCGAGCUCGGCCACUGGCAUGACGUCUCGACCCUCCAGUUCCUCCCAAUUGCCCACAAUCGCCAUCACUGGUGGCUUAAAGAAUGGAAGCGCAAAAGGAACACUCAUGUCCACCAACCUACUGACGAAUAAUUCCAACAUCAUGAAUCUUCUCGGUAGUGCGAACGGACUUUCGCUGCAGCAAAUCAUUCAGCAGCAGAAAAAAAUUGUGAUAAAUACGAACGGAACCCUGAUCGAUAUCGUUCCCUUAAAUGAUGAUAGCGAAAAUGCGGAGGCAAAGCCCGAGAAUGAGAAGCUGCUGAAUGAUGUUUCGGGCACAAACGAAAGUGUUGAGAGUGGCAAUUCAUCCGAAGCCACUGUCGAGGAGACGACACAGGUGGCGGUAGUGCAGAGUCAAAGUCCUGGCAGCGGUACACCACAGUACAUAACUGUAACAGUUUCGUCACCCGAGAGUGUUCCCAACCAUCACACGUACGUGCAGUAUGUCGACUCGGAAAUGUACAACACUUCUGGCCAGGGACAGACACAAAUGACGUAUCCCGUGUAUUCCGUGGGAGAUUAUACCACAAAUGGACAGCAGCAACAACAGCAACAACAACAACAAUAUUAUGCUACGACUACCGGGAACUACGGUACAGCGGGAACAGGCACCGGUACCACUCAUGCCGAUUCCACCGGUGCAGGCAAUGGCACCGGCAAUGGUUCGGUCACUCCGGGGGCUGGACCCAACAGUGUGAACGCGAACGGGACCGUACCGUCCGGCAAUGGCGGUUCCGCUGGUGGCAAUGCUAAUCAGCAGCAGUACAUUGUCCCCGUGGACGAGGCGGUCCUGCUCGGCACCGGCAACGCAUCCGGGACGCAACAGCAGCAGUCCGAUUCGUCGCCACAAAAUAUGACCGACGUAGCGUCCUACUUGCACGCACACCAUGCAGCGUCUGCGGUAGGUCAGGAGCUUGAUUCCACGCCCAACCUGACCCACGCGGCUCGUGUUCUGCCCGCCACGGUUAACUGGCUGAUGGAAAACUACGAAACGGCGGAUGGCGUGAGCUUGCCGAGAUCGACCCUGUACAACCAUUACAUGUGGCACUGUAACGAGAACAAGCUGGACGCGGUCAAUGCGGCCAGCUUCGGCAAACUGAUCCGUUCGGUGUUCAGCGGGCUGCGGACGCGUCGGCUCGGCACGCGGGGCAACAGCAAGUAUCACUACUACGGCAUCCGCAUUAAGCCCACGUCUCCGCUGGUGCAUGCGAUCGAGUGCAAACCACAGCACGGGUCCGGCGUUAGUGGGCUGAUGGUUGGCCACCAUCAGCAGCUGACCGGUAGCAAUGGCCUCAGCGGUGCUGGUGGCGGAGGAAAUGGUGGUGGAGGUACGGGUGGGCCGAACAACGGGAUGCAUGGCCAUGGUGGUGGUGGGAAUCAUGCGAACGGUGGCAUGCAUGCUAGUAACGGUGGAGGUUCCAUGGCCCAUGGUGGGGGAGGUGCUGGUGGAGGACAUUUGCAGCAUGGUGCUGGUGGAACCGGCAAUGGAGGAGGAGGCCCCGGCCACGGCAUGUCGAUGCAUCAUGGCCGAAGUGGUAAGAAGAACAGUUUUAAGGCGGAAAUGCCCGAAUCCUGCGCACAGUAUCUCGGCGAUCCAAACGGUGCCAUACCGCAGUUUCCGAUCAUUGACAUGAUCCAUCCACUCCCGGACGAUAUCACGAUGGAGGACGUGGACACGUUGCGCUCAAUCUAUCGCGAACACUGCGAAGCGUUUCUGGACGCGAUACUGAACCUGGACUUCAACAUGAUUGAAUCGCUGUGGCGCGAGUUUUGGCGCGCGGAGAACAACAACAACAACGGGGACGAGUGUGAGGAGGAGAAGUAUCUCAGCAAGCAGAAGCUCUACAUGCUGACGCAGUGCGAACCGGUGCAGGAGUUUGUGAAGCACGUCGACAUGCAGUUCUACCAGAGUAUGGUGGAUGUGCUGAUACCGGACGUGCUGCGACCGAUCCCGACCGGUCUGACCCAGGCCAUUCGCAACUUUGCGAAAAACCUGGAGAACUGGCUAACGUCGGCGAUGGGCGGCUGCCCGGAACCGAUCGUCGCGAUCAAGCUAACCGCGGUGGCCGCAUUCGGACAAACGCUGCGCCGCUACACCUCGCUGAACCACCUGGCCCAGGCGGCCCGUGCCGUACUGCAGAACGGCACCCAGAUCGCGCAGAUGCUGAGCGAUCUGAACCGUGUCGACUUUCGCAACGUGCAGGAGCAGGCCUCCUGGAUCUGUCAGUGCGAUACCGCGAUCGUGCAGCGGCUGGAGAACGACUUCAAGGCGGCACUGCAGCAGCAGAACACGCUCGAGCAGUGGGCCGGCUGGCUGCAGAACGUGGUCGACGAUGCGCUGCAGGACUACCGGGGCAAACCGAGCUUCGUCAAUGCCGCGCGCCAGUUCCUGCUCAAAUGGAGCUUCUACAGCUCGAUGGUGAUCCGCGAUCUGACGCUACGGUCGGCCGGCAGCUUUGGGAGCUUUCAUCUAAUACGCCUGCUGUACGAUGAGUACAUGUUCUUCAUCAUCGAGCAUAAGGUGGCGAAAGCGACCAAUACUACACCGAUUGCUGUUAUGGGUGAGAAAAUAAACUCCCGUCCCGUGCAAGACGACCUGGAUCGAAUGCUCUACAACAGCGAGUACGGUAUGGUGAACGUCAAGCUCGAGCCGAACGCAAAACGGAUGCGCAGUUAG